AUGGGUUCCGUUGAUGAGUUCGACUAUAUCAUUGUCGGCGGAGGCACUGCUGGCUUGACUGUAGCAGAUCGCCUAACUGAGGAUGAGAACGUGAAAGUACUGGUCGUUGAGGCUGGAGAAGAUCGCAGCAAGGAUCCUCUUGUGCUCACACCGGGUCUGGUAGCAGGCAUGUACGGCAACCCGGACUACGACUGGAAUUUCAAUUCAGUGCCACAGCCCGGACUCAAUAACCGCAAGAUCAAUCAACCCCGUGGAAAGCAGUUGGGCGGGUCCUCUGCUUUGAAUUUCUUGAUGCUCGUGUACCCUAACCGUGGUAGUAUUGACUCUUGGAAAGCAUUGGGUAACGAGGGCUGGGGCUACGAUGAUCUUGCGCCGUACUUCCGCAAGUUCGCAACAGUCCACGCCCCUCCUCAGGCCGCAAAGGAUGUCGUCGGCCUGACUUAUCACAAUGAGUCGCUGAUAGGCGAUGGACCCGUCCAAGUGUCAUUCAGUGAGGGAUAUGGCCCGACUAAUUCGGCAUGGAUGGAGACAUUUGCCAAAUUUGGACUUGAGAUGACAGCCGAUAUGAGAAGCGGCGAUGCUCUGGGAGCUUUCCAACAACCCGGAAGCAUUGACCCUGCCACCAAGACGCGCAGCUAUGCCGCAACAGCACAUUAUACUCCUGCGAUUGCAAGCCGGCCAAAUCUCACAAUUCUGACUGGUACCGUUGUCAAGAAGAUUAUCUUUGACACUACUGGUCCGGAGCCGGUAGCCACUGGUAUCUUGGCCCAGUCUAAAGAUGGAUCAGAGAAGACUUUGAACGCCCGAGAGGUUAUUCUCUCUGCAGGCUCUCUUAUGUCGCCUCAAAUUCUAGAGUUGUCCGGUGUUGGUUCAAAAUCUCUGUUGGAGAAACACAACAUACCCGUGGUGAUCGAUAACCCAUCCGUGGGUGAGAACCUCCAAGAUCAUGCUAUCACCUGCCAGUCGUACGAAGUCAACCCCGACAUCGCGUCAAGUGAUAUGCUCCGGGACCCAGCUGUCCUAAACGCGCUCCUUGGGAUGUAUCAAGCAAGCCGAGAUGGUCCUAUGGGUCAAUCAAAUAUAAGUGUGGCCUACGCACCUCUCACGGAUGCUUCAGGAAUCUCGUCAGCUGAAACGAAGAAAUCUCUUUUCGCCGCACACGAUCAGCAUACGCAGACUCUUGACGGCCAGAUAAUUCGCUCCCUUCUGGAGAAGGCAGGCGGGCCUACGGCACAGUACCUCCUCUUCCCAGGUCAGGCCAACACGUACUUGGCGGAACCUACAAGCAUGAUGGACUAUCUUGCACCAUCACAGCCGGGCAACUUUAUCACCAUAAUGUCACUUUUGAACCAUCCAUUUUCGCGUGGUAGUGUGCACAUCAACAGUGCCGACGUCCAUCAGCUGCCAACAUGGGAUCCCAAUUUCAAUUCAAACCCGUUGGAUCUCGAGAUUUCAGCGCUUCAUGCCAUGUUUGUCGAGAAGUUUACUCAAACAGCGCCUUUCUCCAACCUGCUGAAGCCAGACGGCGCACGCAUCCCCAAGGGCAAAGCCGACAGUGUUGAGGCCGCAAAGGAGGUUAUUCGUGAAACUCAAGUCAGUGAUUUCCACCCUUCCGGAAGCUGUUCCAUGAGACCCAAGGACAAGGGAGGUGUAGUCGAUACCAGAUUGAGGGUGCAUGGUGCCAAGGGAUUAAGAGUUGUUGAUGCCAGUAUUUUCCCGUUUGUGCCGCUGGGUAAUAUUCAGAGUGUCGUGUAUGCUGUUGCUGAGAAGGCGGCUGAUUUGAUCAAAGAGGAUCGACUUAACGCAGCAUAA